CCCGUCCGCCCCCCAGCCCGCCCCGCGGGGCCAUGGCCGAGCCGGGACCGGGGCCCGGUGGGGCCCGGGACGAGGAGCCGGGCAAGGAGGGAGCGGCGCCGGCCGCCAAGAAGCGGCGGCUGGCGGGCGGCGAGCGGUACGUGCCGCCGCCACGGAAGCUGAGUACCGGCGUGAGCUUCGGCGCCGAGCACUUCGCCGAGACCUCGUACUACUUCGAGGGCGGGCUGCGCAAGGUGCGCCCCUACUACUUCGACUUCCGCACCUACUGCAAGGGCCGCUGGGUCGGGCGCAGCCUCCUGCACGUCUUCGACACCGAGUUCCGCGCGCAGCCCCUCGACUUCUACCGCGCCGCCGCCCGGGCCGGCCGCCUGCGCCUCAACGAGGAGCCCGUCCGUGACCUGCACGUCGUGCUCAAGAACAACGACUUCCUGAGGAACACGGUGCACCGGCACGAGCCGCCGGUCACCGCCCAGCCCCUCCGCAUCCUGGCGGAGGACGAGGAGGUGGUGGUGGUGGACAAGCCCUCCUCGCUGCCCGUGCACCCCUGCGGCAGGUUCCGGCACAACACCGUCAUCUUCAUCCUGGGCAAGGAGCACGGGCUGACGGAGCUGCACACCCUGCACCGCCUGGACCGCAUGACCUCGGGUGUCCUCAUGUUCGCCAAGACCGCGGCCGCGUCCAAGAGGAUCGACGAGCAGGUCCGGGAGAGGCAGCUGGAGAAGGAAUACGUCUGCCGAGUGGUGGGGGAGUUCCCAGAGCACGAGGUGGUGUGUGAGGAGCCCAUCCUGGUCGUCUCCUACAAAGUGGGAGUGUGCCGCGUGGAUCCCAAAGGGAAACCCUGCAAAACCAUCUUCCAGAGGCUCAGCUACAACGGGAGGACCAGCGUGGUCAAGUGUCUGCCCCACACGGGCCGCACGCACCAGAUCCGGGUGCACCUCCAGUAUCUGGGGCACCCCAUUGUCAACGAUCCCAUCUAUAACAUGGAAGCGUGGGGCCCUGACAGGGGGAAGGGCGGGAAGAUCGGAAAAACGGAUGAGGAACUCCUGAAGGCGCUGGUGGAGGAGCAUCGUUCCAAGCAGAGCCUGGAGAUCUUGGGUAUUUCGGAGGAGGACUUGAACUCUGGUGGUGAAAGCAAAGACUGUGGGGAUUCAGGUGACUGCACUAAGUCUGCAGAGGCUGAUCCUGUAAAUGGGAAUUCCUGCCCUGCUGAGGAUGCGAAGGAUCCUGAGAGGGAUGCAAAGGAUCCUCAGAAGGACGAGAAGGAUCCUGAGAGGAAUGACAUAGCAGCUUGUCCACCGAACCCUGAUACCAACCUGGAAAUGCUUGAGAAAGACAAAGAGCUCGGCUCAUGUGGGAAUCAGGAUGGGCAAACGGGACAGAAAGGUUGGGAAGAGAAGGACCCUUUAUGUGUGGAGUGUAGGAUGAGCAGGCGGGACCCUUCUCCCAAGGAGCUGGUGAUGUUCCUGCACGCCCUGCGCUACAAGGGAGCAGGGUUUGAGUAUUGCUCCAGCAUGCCCGAGUGGGCAAUGGAUGACUGGGAGGAAUGACCAGGGAUAUCCGACACCUGUGGACACUGCUGGCUGGGAAAGCAGCUCAGGAAGACCAAAGAUUGACUUUUCAGUGAUGUGAACAAACUGCCUGGAGCUGGGGUGGGAAGGAUCAUUCUGUCCUGACUUCCGACACUGUGGAAAAUGAGCAGGGAAAUAGGGUUUAUGUGAGGUUUAUGUUGCCCCUUAGUGAACUGGUACUUGAGGGCAACAAAGACCAAACUCUGCUGGUCACAGGCAGCUUUGCCUUCGUCUCGAUGGAUUCUGGAUCAAUUAUCCACAUGGAUAAUGAAGUGCAUGCACUAAAAGUCAAUAACUGGUUUGCCUGCCGGGUUCCUUUGUCUUAAAAUAUGAGCCGCUGGAUGUCAUAUCAUAAAACUCCCUAUUUUUACGGUGUUUUAUUGUCAGAUUGAUUUUAAAACUCAAAUAUUAUCACUGAGAGCGCUGUGAGGUAAAACCAGAGCACUGUGAUCCCAACUUGUUUUGUGCCUGCUGUUUGUCAGCAAGGUCAACUUGCCUUUAAAAUUCAUCUGCCAAUAUUCAUUCAAAUAAUUAUUUAAUUUAUAAAGUUUAGUUGUUCUGGUUGCUGAUGUCUUGAUAUUGGGCCUGGUUUUGGAGGUAUUGGUCCCCAGAUUUUGUCUUUAAGGUAUUAUUGCUUAAUAUCACUUCAGUGUGACAAUCACUUUUCAAGAUACACAAAAGCUGCUCUAUGAACCAGAAUACUUAUUAAAAAUAAUUCUAUAU